AUGGAUAGGGAUGUGACGACUGCUGUGCGAUGCUACGCGUACGGAGGCCUCCAAAAAGCUCGAGCGAAUGAAAACGCCAUAAGGCAUUUCAAAAUUUACAACUUACAGAGCACGAUAUCGACAGCAUCCAACAGUCCGACGCCGGCGCAGGCUGGGAUGAGUGGAGCAGGGGCUAGCUCAGCUCGUCCUAGCUCUCCUGGUCGGUGUUGCGACACGGGACGUCCCAUAUACCAGGACCCCAUCACCGGGCAGACGGUGUGCUCCUGUCAGUACGACUUUCUGAACUAUCAGAGGUUAGCAUCGGGAGUACCACUGUCCAUGUACAGUGCGCCAUACCCCGAUGCAGCCACCGCAGCCGGCAUGGCUGCCUACUUCCCAGCCCUCGCUGCCGACCAACCUCCCUUUUACGCAAAUACUGCUGCCGGGAUUGAAUUGAAGGAGAAUCUUGCAGCAAGUGCGGCGAGCUGGCCGUAUCCCACAGUGUACCAUCCAUAUGAUGCCGCCUUCGCUGGUUAUCCUUUCAAUGGAUAUGGAAUGGAUUUAAAUGGAGCACGAAGAAAAAAUGCCACUCGAGAGACUACAAGCACCCUCAAAGCCUGGCUGAAUGAGCAUAAAAAGAACCCAUAUCCAACUAAAGGCGAGAAAAUAAUGUUAGCCAUCAUCACAAAGAUGACGCUCACGCAAGUAUCCACAUGGUUCGCCAACGCUCGCCGACGUCUGAAGAAAGAGAACAAAAUGACAUGGGAGCCGAGGAACAGGGUCGAUGACGAUGACAAUAACAAUGAUGACGAUGAUCACAAGAGCAAUGAUGGGAAAGACGCUUUAGACGGAAAGGACUCUGGAACGGGAUCAAGUGAAGACGGCGAGAGACCACAGCAAAGGCUAGAUCUGCUCGGCCAGCGGACUGAAUCGGAAUGGUCUGAGUCACGUGCAGACAGUGGUCCUGAGUCACCUGAACCAUAUGAACGUCCGUUACAUCCAGCGUACCAGCAUCUACCCUCCCGCGCCCCGGGCAGCACGCCCUCAGCCAAGCCCAGGAUAUGGUCACUCGCAGAUAUGGCGAGCAAAGAUGAAGCAGCGCCACCAGCGGUUUCAUUCUACCAGUCAGCAGCCGCGCGACUCGCACACCCGUACCGACCGGAACUGUAUCGAGGGUUAUAUCCACCCACUCAUCCAGCAGACGUGGCGUUGCUCGAGUACUCCCGAACAUUAGCUCUGGCCGCCCCCGCCCCCGCACCGCCCGCCCCAUCACCUUCCUCCUCCUCCACGUCCUCCCUGGCCGACCCCCCGCCCCGCGCC